GCAAGAACUCUAGAAGACAUAUUUAUUUUGAAACGAACCGCUUUACGUUACCUAUUCGCGAGGGAAUCUAGACUCUUAGCUUUAGGUAAAAAGCCGGUGAAUAAGAAAAUCGCUAACUAUAUAAAAAGUCAUCAAGAGAAUGACGUGUGGAAUAGUUUUAUGGACUCAUUGAACGAGGAUUUGACUCGUAACAUAAACGUUUUCGCAUGGAAAGUGGUGGAGGAGCAUAAAAGUGUUGCCAGGAGAUUUCGAUUGGAUUCUACUUCGAGGGAUAUUCUUGUGCAUUACGACAUGGGUUUCUGGGGCGGUAGAAUGACAGAGGCACCGGUAGUAUGUGUGGAGCAUGGGGAGCUACAAGGAAGAGUGGUCGAGAGCCCCAGCGGGAAGGCUUACUACAGCUUCCAGGGCAUCCCUUACGCCAAACCACCGCUAGGAACUCUGCGGUUCCAGGCACCUCAACCCCUGGAGCCAUGGGAUGGCGUCCGUGACGCGACAUCAGAAGGCAACAUCAGCGCGCAAAUAAAAUUCGACAUGUUCGAGGGUGACGAGAACUGUCUCUACCUCAACGUCUACACCCCCAACAUUGACGGAGAAUUCCUCCCAGUCAUGGUCUACAUCCACGGAGGAGGUCUGCAGUUCGGCUCAGGUAGUGCCAGCGUAAGGGGAGCUGAUUACCUUGUCGAAAAAGAUGUUGUAGUCGUAACUAUUAACUACAGAUGCGGAGCGCUUGGUUUCCUAAGCUUAAACACCCCUGAGGUCCCUGGGAACGCUGGCUUGAAAGACAUGAUUGCAGCGUUACGUUGGGUUAAAGAGAAUAUCAAGAAUUUCGGCGGUAAUUCUGGAAAUAUAACGCUUUUCGGUACAAGCGCUGGCGGUGCUUCAGUAUCUGUACUCACAGCUAGUCCUUUGAGCAAAGAUUUGAUCAGCAAAGCUAUAAUUCAGUCUGGGUGUGGGCUCUCAAGCUGGGCAUGGCAGAAGCAGCCUUUGGAGAACGCUAAAAAGCUGGCCCAUUUACUAGGCGGCGAAUCCGAUGAAGCUGAUGAUAUCCUCGAAUUCUUAAGAGCGACACCUGCAAAAGAAAUCGUGAAAGCUACUAGAAAACUGUUUCCUUCUCAAAUGAUAUUCGAAGCAGGAGUAUUAGGUUUCACUUUUGUUGUAGAGAAAGAGUUUCCUGGCGUAGAAGCCGCCAUUACAGAAUCUUUCACAGAUCUAUUAACUUCUGGUCGCGUUGCUGAAGUCCCUGUCAUGAUCGGUUCAUCAACAUUGGAAUUCUUGCAUAAAGUCGACACUGAUGACUUGCAAGUCUUUAUUCCUCAGGAAUUAAACGUGCAGAGAAAUUCUGAAGAAUCUUUGGAGAUCGCCAACAAAUUUAAAAGCUUAUAUUUCAAAGGGAAUCAUACGGCUAUCGAAAAUCUGAAUGGGUAUUUCGAACUGAUUUCCGAUAAACUUAUAACCGUCGAUACGCAUAGAUAUGUACAGUAUUUGGUACAUGCAACAACUAAACCAGUUUACUACUACAAGUUUGAUUAUGUAGGCGAAUUGAAUAUGUCGAAGAAGUUAAUGGAUUCUCUGAAUGUGCAUCACGCUGGACAUUCGGAUGAAGUGGGGUAUCUCUUCAAGAUGGAUUCGCAGGGUGGAUUGGAACCCACAGCCCAGGAUAUUAAGAUGAGGGAGAGGAUGCUGCGACUUUGGACCAACUUCGCUAAGUCUGGCAACCCAACCCCAGACGAGAACCACUACAUCACCGUAACCUGGCAACCGGUCACCAAGGACAACCUCUACUACCUGAACCUGAGCAACGAACUCUCCCUCAACACUAGUCCGGAUAAAGACAAAAUGGCCCUUUGGGAAAACUUGUACAGCAGGCAUUUCAAAAUCUGGGAGCACCCUCGAGUCAAUAAUGAAGAGACGCCUGUUAAAACUCAAAAAGUGGAGCCCGUCAUUGAAGCAGCGACAAUCGAGCCGGAACCAGCCAUAAUCAAUCCUGAACCUGUCGUAACCAUCUCAGAACCUGAAACCAGCCCAGAACCAGUACCCAGUCCCAUUGAAGUACCAGUGACCAGUCCCAUUGAAGUACCAGUAACCAGUCCCGUUGAAGUACCAGUAACCAGUCCCGUAGAAGAACCAGCUGAACCGGUACCCGUAGCUCAGCCACUAGUAGAAACUGCUGAACACAAUGGCGCUGUGAACGGCACAAAUGGUGACGUAGAAAGAAAAAUAAGGCCAUCUAACGAGAUCAAAAUGGUCCAGAAUGGGAACGGGGUACCUAAAGAUGUGAUCCGAGCCAACGAUCCGCCUGAAGACGAUUUGCCGAAGAAUAUCGGGGUGAAUAAGUUUGUGAAUUUCUUCGAAUCGCUCGGCGGCAAGAAGUAAUGCCAUUGUAUUUUUGUAUUAUUCGAUUCGAGCUAUAUUUUAGUUGUAGACAAAAUGAUAAUAUUUUUCAUAAAGGGUACGCUGACAGAUGUCAUCUCAGUACAAUUGUGCCAUUCUCAAUCAAAAGGGUACUUAUUGUCGGUUGUCAAUAAGGCGCUAUUUCCAUAUAGCUUGAAUUUGAAACCAACCUUAUCGACAACCGACAAUGUGGUACCUUUUGGUUGAAAACGUCACAAUUUUAGCGAGACUUGGCGUUUUAAGGUUGUAAAUUAUAUAGAAAUGUCACCUGUCACCAUACCCUUCGUGUUUGAAAAAUACUAUGAGCGUAAAGUGCAUAUUGUAGCCGCUUUUUUGGCAACUGAAGUACCUAGAUGGCGCUGUUGCGUUUUGUGGGGACGGGAUUGUCAAAUUUUAGUGCUUGACUAGUCUAGGUUUUUUAACACCACGUCGGUGGAAAACAAGCUUACGCCCCGCUUGACGCUAAGCUGUCACCGUUGCCUAUGGACGCUUACAACUUCAGGGGUGUAACAUUUGAGUUAUCGACCCUUUAAAAAACUUAACACUUCUUUUUUGAAAAACCACCUCCCUCGACAGAAUAUUUGCCGCAUAAAUAACGAAGAACAUACAGCGCCAUCUACUUUAGCUGUCAAAUUUUGCCUACAAUAUUUUCAUUAUAGUAUGAAUCUUCUCAAAUGAUUUUUACGUCUAAGACUGUUAAACAAAAGCCAUUGUUUCUUUUGUUCGAGCGGUCGGCCAUUGCGUGCCAUUGUGUCUGACAAUGGCUCGCGCCGUAGCACGCGCUCAGACACAAUGGCCGACCGCUCGCAUAAAAGGAACAAUGGCUUUUGUUUAACAGAUUAGAUUAGGGUCUUAGACGUAAAAAUCAUUUGAGAAGACUCAUACUAUACAAGUCUUAGUAUCGCUUUGUCUAUGAUUUUUGUUAUAGGUUGUGUAUUUAUUGGCUUGGAUAAUUUGAUAUUUGUAUAAGAAUGUUUGAGGCGAUCGGUAAAACUCUGAUCGGAUAUAAUUCAGAUAAUUUUAAUUAUAAACAUUCCAGUGAUUUGUUAUUCUAUAAAAAUCAUACAAAUCGUACAGUCAGCGGCAAAAGUAUUAAACAAUCGUCGUUUAUUGUACGUGUGUAAGUGUCAUUAUGUAGUUUUCCCGUGUCUUAUUCGCCUGCGGCUCAUAAAAGGGACUCGUGCGUAAUGAUAGUCAGUGGCGGCCUGAUAGUCAGUGGGCCCCUUUAGAAGUCCAAUCUUCGAAUAUUCUGAAACAUUUUCGUUAGAAAACUAGUCUAUUAGUUAUGUGGUUGUCAUUAGCCAUUAUUUAUUGUUAAGAACAACAUGCCAUUUAAAUUUGAAUUAUUAUUAUAAUAUUUUUGACCAUUCAAAGUAUUUACAUUUGUUACUUAGAAUGGUGUUUAAGUAAAAUAACUUUUCAUCAGUCUUCUUAUACAGGAUAAAAAAUAAAAAUAAAAAAUAAAUUUCCGUUACCAGGGAGGUUUUGGGAUUAUACUGAGCAUCUUUUACUAUGGGACCAACCACGAAAUCGCGAAAAUAAAAUGUAUCCUUCCAUAGAAAAUGGACCAGCCAAAAUGUAUGAAACAGCUAAAAGUUUUUCGCGAUUUCGUGGUUGGUCCCAUAGUAAAAGAUGCUCAGUAUAAUCCCAAAACCUCCCUGGCAACGGGAAUGCACUUAAUUUUUAGCCACCGUGUAUAUAAAUAAUAAUUGAAGGCAUAUUCUUCAUAAUCAACAUUCCAAAUUAUAAUAUUAUUAUUAUGUAUGUUGUACAUGUGCUAAUGAUUAGUAUUGACUUUAUAAAUAGUUAUACAUUAGUUUGCGAAAGAAUGUGUAUUUUUAUAUAUAUCUACCAUUAAUUAGUAAAUAAAUUAUGA